UGGUGAACGCAUUGUAACUGUUCCAGAAGGGCCCCCUGCAGACGUGCUUGCUUGAUAUUGAAGGAGUCCUUGUGUGAUCACGAUGGAGAACUACCAGAAGAUCGAGAAAAUUGGAGAGGGGACCUACGGUGUCGUGUACAAGGCCCGCGAGCUCACCCACCCUAACCGGAUCGUCGCUCUGAAGAAAAUCCGACUGGAGGCCGAAGAUGAGGGUGUUCCCAGCACAGCUAUCCGCGAGAUCUCGCUGUUGAAGGAGAUGAACGAUCCCAACAUCGUGCGUCUGUUGAACAUCGUUCAUGCAGAUGGCCAUAAGCUUUAUCUUGUCUUCGAGUUCUUGGAUCUUGACUUGAAGAAGUACAUGGAAGCCCUACCAGUCAGCGAAGGCGGUCGAGGCAAGGCGCUGCCGGACGGCUCUUCGGUGGAUAUGGGUAUGGGCCUCGGUGAGGCGAUGGUCAAGAAGUUCAUGGCCCAACUGGUCGAGGGUAUUCGGUACUGCCACAGCCACCGUAUCCUGCAUCGGGACUUGAAGCCUCAGAACCUUCUCAUUGACCGCGAGGGCAACCUGAAGCUGGCAGAUUUCGGUUUGGCCAGAGCGUUCGGUGUUCCCCUGAGAACCUACACUCAUGAAGUCGUCACGCUGUGGUACCGUUCUCCUGAGAUUCUUCUGGGCGGACGUCAGUACUCUACGGGCGUCGACAUGUGGUCUGUCGGAGCCAUCUUUGCGGAAAUGUGUACUCGCAAGCCACUGUUUCCCGGCGAUUCCGAAAUCGAUGAGAUCUUCAAGAUCUUCAGGACCCUUGGUACCCCCGAAGAGUCCAACUGGCCUGGUGUGACGUCCUUCCCCGAUUACAAGCCGACCUUCCCCAAGUGGAAGCGCGAAGAAAGCCGAAGCCUCGUCCCUGGCCUUGAAGUCGCCGGGUUAGACCUGUUGGAGGCUUUGCUCGAAUACGACCCAGCACGCCGACUGUCUGCUAAGCAAGCAUGCAUGCACCCAUACUUCCAGCACGGCAGUUCGUACUACUCUGGCCGGACCCGGAGGAAUGGAUACCACUAAAGCGACCCCCUGGGGCGUCCGGUGCUCUGUGAUGUACGCUCUCUCCGACGAGAGGGCCCCUGGCGAGACUUUUCUCUGCUGAAAGAAAACUCGCAUUGAACUUCUGCAGGGUAUCGAACAUUCUGAAACGCCCAGGCUGUGUGGCUUCUUUGUUUAUUUCCUUUGUUCAUGGCGUUAUCUUUGGAGUGACUGGACAGGAAGGAGGCUUAGGUUACUGGAUAUUACAAGGAUGUGUUUCGAACCAACAAGAAGCGUACAUAUACUUGUUCACAUGGCUAUUCUCAACGAUUCGAGCAUUCGCCUCGUUAGAGAAUAAUGUAGUCCUACUGUCUCGACGAAAAGGGGGGCCCAUAGAUCUCUCUUUGACUGUCGAAUGUAAACUCGACAGUGAGAUACCCUCAUUCGAGCUCAGUACCUGUAGAAAGGUGGGCAAAAAUGGUGUGGUUGCUGAGUGUUCCAUCCUCGGUGGUGCCG